ACUCCUGAUUUUAUGACUGACGCUGGCCGCCGAAGUGGAGUUUACUUUUUCACCCAAAAUGUGCCGAAGACAAGCGAACAGGUCACACACACGUUAGUUCCUGUCACACUUUAAUGGCGUUUACUAGUUUUCGUACGCGUGGGGACAGCGAGUUAGCUGAAAGUGAAGUUUUUUCCCUUCUCUCCAGGAGAAGAAGGAGUUCCCGGUCGGUUCGUUUGGAUUAAACUCCAUCCACGCUCGGCUGGACGACCACGAUAUCCAUGAGGAUGUGAUUUAUUUUUGUUCGGUUCGGCUAAGGAGCAGCCAGGAGGCAAGAAGUGAUAUCAUAAAGGAGUAAAGAAAUAAGACAAAACCUGAGGAGGGUUUGAACCGAAGUUAUGAAAAUGACCGGAGCCAUGGAAACUUCUUUUAAGCUGGCUUUAAAGAAGCCGCCCCUCUUCCGGACGGCAGAGGAUCUACACAUCAUCUAUUGCCACCUCUACCAAAUGGACGUCCUCUCGCACCUCAGGGAACAUCAGCUAAGGUCGAUGUGCACCUCCGCCAGGUAUGAGAGACAUGAGGCUAACCACUACCUGUUUCAUCCAGACACCCUCGCUACCUGUUGGUACAUCCUGCUCUCUGGAUCCGUCUUCGUCAAGGAGGACAUGUACCUGGCUAGGUGCUGUUUUGGCAAGCAGCUGGGGGGCAGGCGAGGCUGUGAAUGCAUCACUUUGGAGCCAUCAGAAAUGAUUGUGGUGGAUAACGGCACCGAGGGGGACGACAGCUUCCUGCAGAGAGACGGGUCCCAGCGGCGCUCCAGGCGGCGCUUCAGGAGGGUCAACCCGAAAGGAGAGCGGGAACUUAUCACCGAUGGCCAAGAACCAGCCAGCUACAACAACACGCUUCCUGCCGAUCUCAAUAAGAUGCACCUGACGGACCACGCCCACCAGCAGGUGAUACACAUGGCGCCCAGCCAAUCAGGGUGCAGCAUAACCAGCGACUCGGGCAGCAGCAGCUUGUCAGACAUCUACCAGGCCACAGAGAGCGACCUGGGAGACGUGGAUCUGUCUGGACUUCCAGAGGCUCCAGUGGACAGCGAGGAAGAGGAGGAGGAGGAUGAAGACCUGGAGAGAGCGUCAGACGGACUUCUGGGCCGGGACCUGGUCCGAGAGUGUCUGGAAAAAGACCCGGCCGACCGCAACGAUGACGACAUCGAACAACUGCUGGAGUUUUUGCACCAGCUGCCUGCGUUCGCCAACAUGACCAUGUCUGUACGGCGAGACUUGUGCAGCGUCAUGGUGUUUGAGGUGGUGGAGCAAUCUGGCACGGUCAUCCUGCACAACAAACAAGAGCUCGACCACUGGUAUGUGAUCUUGAAUGGAGCCGUGGAGAUCAGCCACGCAGAAAGCCGAACAGAGACUCUUUGUAUGGGGAACAGCUUUGGCAUCUCGCCCUCACUGAAUAAGCAGUACAUGAACGGAGAAGUUCGCACCAAAGGAGAUGACUGCCAGUUCGUCUGCAUCGCCCAGGAGGAUUACUGGCGCAUCCUCAACCACGUGGAGAAAAACACGCACAAGGUGGAGGAGGAGGGGGAGAUCGUGAUGGUGAAGGAGCACCGCGAGCUGGACCGCAGCGGCACCAGAAAGGGACACAUCGUCAUCAAGGGAACUCCAGAGCGUCUGAUCAUGCACCUGGUGGAAGAGCCGUCGGUGGUGGACCCCACCUACAUCGAGGACUUCCUGCUGACCUACAGGACCUUCCUGUCCAGUCCCAUGGACGUUGGCAGGAAACUGCUGGACUGGUUCCAGGUGGACUGCUUCCGGGACACGGUGACGAGAAUAGUGCUGCUUUGGGUCAACAACCACUUCAACGACUUUGAGGGCGACUUGGCCAUGACUCGCUUCCUGGAGGAAUUUGAGAAACAUCUAGAAAUAUCAAAAAUGAAGGGUCAUCUGAGGUUGCUGAACAUUGCAUGCGCAGCCAAGGCGAAGUGGAGACAGAUCACGCUGCAGAAGGCGACCAGGGAUUCGCAGCUGCAUUUCAGCGUGCAAGGAGGCAGCGAGAGAGGAUUCGGCGUCUUUGUGGAGUCGGUGGAAGAAGGAAGCAAAGCAGCAGAGACCGGACUCAAGCGGGGGGAUCAGAUCAUGGAGGUUAAUGGUCAGAACUUUGAGAACAUCGCCUUGUCCAAAGCAGUGGACAUCCUGAGAAAUAACACACACCUUUCCCUCACCGUUAAAACCAACAUCUUUGUGUUCAAAGAGUUGCUGAGCAGGAUCAUGCACGAAAAGAAAAACGGUGGCCCUCACAUUCCUAAGAUCCAGGAAAAGAAAGGCAACCGUUUCUCCAUCGCCGACUUUUCCGGAGACAUCGAGUUCCCCACGGACAGCAAAAGCACCCGGAAGAUGAAAGCGAACACCGUGUCGGGGGGACGCAACAAGAUCAGGAGGAUGCUGGAGAAAACGCGCUUCAGUAUACUACCGCCCAAACCGUUCAGUGAUGGCGGCCUGGGUCAGAGUCAGGAUGACAGCAUCGUGGGCACCAAACAGUGUCGUCACAGCGUCGCCAUCAUGCCCAUUCCUGGAAACCUGUCGUCAAGCAGCCCUGACCUGCUGCAGCCGGCGACCAGCGUACUGGACUUCUCCAACCCCGCCGCUCUUGGACUGUACUACAUCCCAGACCAGGUUAUCCGCGUGUUCAAGGCCGACCAGCAGAGCUGCUACAUCAUCAUCAGCAAGGACACAACAGCCAAGGACGUCGUCACCCACACUGUCAACGAGUUCGGCCUCCUGGCGGCGCCGGAAACCUACUCCCUGUGCGAGGUGUCCGUCAGCCCAGAGGGAGUCAUCAAGCAGCGCCGGCUUCCCGACCAGCUCUCCAAACUGGCCGAUCGGAUUCAGCUGAACGGCAGAUACUACCUGAAGAACAACAUGGAGACGGAGACGUUGUGUUCAGAUGACGACGCUCAGGAUCUCCUCAGGGAGAGUCAGAUCUCCCUGCUGCAGCUCAGCACCAUGGAGGUCGCCGCCCAGCUGUCAAUGAGAGACUUUGAACUCUUCAGAAACAUCGAGUCCACAGAGUAUGUGGAGGACUUGUUCAAGUUGGACUCGUCUUCUGGGUGUACAAACCUGAAACAGUUUGAGGAGGUGAUAAACCAGGAGACCUUCUGGGUGGCGACCGAGAUCCUGAAAGAGCCAAACACCCUGAAGAGGAUGAAGACCAUCAAGCACUUCAUCAAGAUCGCUCUGCACUGCAGAGAGUGCAAGAACUUCAACUCUAUGUUCGCCAUCAUCAGCGGGCUGAACUUGGCACCGGUGGCUCGGCUGCGAAGCUCAUGGGAGAAAUUGCCCAGUAAGUAUGAGAAGCUCUUUGAGGACCUGCAGGACGUCUUCGACCCGUCCAGGAACAUGGCCAAGUACCGCAACGUGCUGAGCAGCCAAAGCAUGCAGCCGCCCAUCAUCCCGCUGUUUCCUGUGGUCAAGAAGGACCUCACCUUCCUGCAUGAAGGCAACGACUCCAACGUUGACGGCCUUGUGAACUUCGAGAAGCUGAGGAUGAUCGCGAAGGAGAUCAGACAUGUGGUGCGGAUGACCUCGGCCAACAUGGACCCCGCCCUCAUGUUCAGACAGAGGAAGAAGAGGUGGAAGAGUUUAGGGUCUUUGAGUCAAGGCAGCACCAACUCCAACAUCCUGGACGUUCAGGGUGGAGCCCAUAAGAAGCGCGUGCGCCGCAGCUCCCUCCUGAACGCCAAAAAGCUUUACGAAGACGCUCAGAUGGCCCGGAAGGUGAAGCAGUACCUGUCGAACCUGACGGUGGAGACGGAUGAGGACAAACACCAAAUCAUGUCCCUGCAGUGUGAACCGUCUUACAACACAUUGGGCAAAAACCUGAGCGAGAGGCGAGCAAACAAGUCGGACAUGUCUCCGGUGUCCCUCAGGGCGACGUUACCUUCAGGGAAAACUCAGAACAGGGUGUCACAAGUCCUGCAGGUCCAGGUGCCUCUGAACCCUCUGAGGAAGAAGAGCGCCACCAAGGACAUCGGCACCCCCAAUUCAAAUUCUCCGCAGGUGGUGAAGAAACCUUCAGUGAACUCGUCAGAUGAGUGGAGCGCCAAGAGACCGUCUGAUGACACCGUUUCCAUGGUGUCGUCGCUCCACUCCAGCCCCACAGUGUCGCCUCAGGGCUCGCCACGCAAAGGCGGCGCCGCAAAAUCGCAGAACUCCAGCCAGAUGAACUUAUCGGGAUCCUCGUCGUCGCUGACCAGCGACGCCAGCACAAAGACGGGCACCAUCAGUCUGCGCAGCUACGGCAUAGGUUGCCCCCUCCUCCCUUCUGCCAGAUCGGACAACCUGUCGGACUCCAGUCACAGCGAGAUCUCGUCCCGCUCCAGUAUCUGCUCUGUGGACUCGGCGCAGGCCUCCGGACCGGACGACCGCUGUAACCGGGCCGGUUCCGGUACCGCCGCCACCGUCGCUGCUAAUGCUACGGCCGCCACGGCUGCUGUGGUCGCUGAGGGCACAGCGGCGUUAAAUGCACACUUAACUGCUGAUUACAGCCAGCCCAGCACAAGCUCUUCAGUCGUGGCUCGAGGAGGACAUGCAGCGCGACCUUUCACCUCCUCCCUCUCCACGGAGGAGCUGACUCCGGACCACGCCUCCCUGUCUCUGGACUCGGUGGUGGACAGCGGCCGCGGCAGCUGGACUUCCUGUUCCUCCAACUCUCACGAAUCCUUCCAAAUCCUCCCCGCCUCGUCCUGCCGGCCCUGGGACCACGGCAUCCACGGCCACCCGCUCUCCCUCCCCCACACGCACCUGAGCGGCUUCAAACUCCCGGCGCUGGGCCGGACGACGGCUGAGGCGGACGCCGCCGGGCCCUCGUGGGCUGGCGACGCCGCCGCCGGGCGCCACAUCAGAGACUCCAGCUCAGAUCUGAGCGUCGCGGUGCGGGAGAGCCGGACGUCGUCGGGCUCCCUGUCAGACAACUACGAGGGGAAUUACGGAACGAUAAAGCGGCGAAACGCCUCGGAGUUUCCUUCCUCGCCGGCCAACGAGGAAGGAGGGCAAAGCGCAGACGCCUCGUACAAAACGGUGACGUCGAGCACAGAGAAGGGCCUGAUAGUGUACUGUGUCACGUCCCCCACUAAGGACGAGCGUUACCGAGCUCCCCCUCCCACCCCUCCAGGCUACCAGGGUCUGGCUCUGGGCGACCUCGGGGUCGCAGACGGAGUAGCCGGCGGGCCGGGGUCUCCCGCCCCCCGACCUCCUCACCUCAGGCCUCCAGACUACAGCGUGGCCCUGCAGAGGAGCAAGCUCCUGCAGAGCCCCGGGCUGGUCGAGGCGCGGAGGCUUCACCUCCGAACGGCCAGCCCCAUUCAGGGCCAGUCCAGACCGCCCAGCGCCGUCCCCCCAGCGCAGGACCUGGCUGACAGCGAGGACGAUGAACAGGUGUCGGCGGUGUGAACUCAUCAGCCUGGGGUCAUCAUCUGACCUCUACACCUCUGGACUUUCAUGGACCCGUUUCAUAAAUCAGAGAUUUUAGAGACUUUUUUUAAAAUGAGAACUUCUGAACAAAGCUGGAAGAGGCGAUGGCAUCGCAGGAGACAGACUUUUAGCAACAGAAGGACAGAGAGACGACAUUUAUGCCUCGCUGGAAAACCGGACCGCCGUACCUCCAUUCGCUCUCCAGGCUCACUCCGCUGCACGUUUUGUCGUCUUUGCUUUAACUUGACGUUUUGCUUUAAUCUGCUGGAUUUCUGAGCUUGCAAAUGUGAACUCCUUGGUUUCAUUCUUUUUAACUUGAAUGUAAAUUAUGAAGAUCCACAGCUCUCAAAACAAAUGAUUCAGAGAGUUUUAAGUGUUUUAAGAUUUUUUUUUUUUUUUGAGUUCCCUCGCAAUAAGUUAGCAAAAACAGUCUGCUCUGUUUUACACACAGCCCCUAUUUAAAAUUGCACAGAUGCACAUUUAAAGAAAACGUGUUUAUACAUUCUGAACUAUUUGGUGCAUAAAUCUGAUUGAAAAUCGAUUUAUUAACUGCAUGUUUACAUUUGUUUGUAUCUUAGAUGUUCCUGCACAUGGAAAUGACUCGUAACAUUUCGGACUACAAACACAAAAAAAUCUAUCAAAACUGUCAGGUGUCUUUGAAAUAAUAGAUAUAGACAGAAAUAGUUUCCAGAAAUGGAAAGAGAUCUUUUGUAUUUUACUCGGAUGUUGGUGAUGGAUUUUUAUCCUAAAUAAAAAGAUAUAAGACUCCAGAUAUCUCAAAAACGAGAUAUUAAUGAACAGAAACCUUAUAAUAGCAGAAAAAUGUUCAGUAUUCAAUUAUGCUGACUAGUGAAUUAUUGUGAGGGAACGCAAAAGAAAAAGAAUCCAUAGUUUUCUAAUCGUUAAAACCUAAAAGGCACUGAUGAAUAUUUUUCAAAAGGUGGAAAAAGAGAAAAUCUCUGAUGUCUGCAUAGCACUUACCGUCCGUCCCGUUCUGAAACGUUGCGUCACUUUCGCCUCCUCGUUGUGUGUCGCUGCUUCCUGCUGGUUCUAUAAAACCUGGAUUAUAACUCGGUUUAAUGAGCUGAAGAACAAAUGCCUCGCUGCCUCCCGCAGAGUAAAAAACCCUCAAUUUAUUGCAGCCGCUGUAAUAAAACAAUAAAUUAACACACACACACACACCAGGCCAAAAGGACAGUGUUUACGUGGAGGCGUGUGUGUUUUGUUUGCAGUGUUUACUGGUUGUCUGGAGUUACGAGCUUCUCUGUUGCACCUCGUCUGGGUGAGAAGAGCUACAAAAUAAUGCUGCGUCAGCAAAAAAUAAUGCUGCAUUAUAAACAAAUUUACAACUGAACCCUCUGCAGUCUGCCUGGCUUACAUCUUCCACAAUAUGUGUAUUUUGUAAAAUAUUUAAAGAAAACGCUGGAAGAUUUGUUUUGAAAGCAGGAGCAGAUUUGUACAGAAAUCAUUUUUUUGAGUUUUUAACUGGAAUCUCUUUUUCUCGUUCCCUCCCUCCGUCUCUGUUCUGUUUGCUUCCUGUAAUUUGCUUUUGCCACACGAAGACUUGAAAUGAUCACUGCUAAUAUAUAUAAGUAUAUAUGGAUACUCACAGCAGAUAUAUAAAUUUGUACAUAUAUAUUUUUGCUGUUCCUUUACCAUAAUUUAAUGUAAACUGAGUCUGUAUAAAUGUGCAGAGAGGAUAUUUUUGAAUAUUUUUGUUGAAAGUUUUGGAGUUUAAAGGAAUUAGUUUUGGUUCUUGUCAUUUUUUUGACCCGUUCUCCCCGUUUUGAUGCUGUUUGCUGAAACUUUGGAUCUUUGAGUGUAAUUGCUGCUGAGUUUCGGGAGGAUGUAGCAGAGUGUGUGUGUGCGUGUGUGCGUGUGUGUGUGCGUGUGUGUGUGCGUGUGUGUGUGCGUGUGUGUGUUUGGGAUCAGAACAGGUUUUCUUUUUUAUUUGAGUUGCUCGGUGCUCCGCUGCUCUCACAU